CUUGACAAAAUGAUACAUCAACAACUUCAAUUACGUUCUUACUAUAAUAAAGUUGAUGAUGGAACAAAUCAAAAAUUAUCACCCCAAUUAAUUUCAUACUAUCGUAAAAAUAUGGAAUCGCCACUUUUAAAGGUUGUUGAGCAAUGGUUAAGAGAAGAUUUCCAGGAAUUAAGGCUUCUUCAGGCCGAAGAGAGGAAAAAGGCCGAGCAGGAACAGGACAGAGUAUUAUUAGGUGAAGAAGUACCAAGAACAAAAUGGGAUGAUCUUUCGGAAAAUGUAAAUGCUUAUG